UUGAACAAUGUGCCAUAGCUUCGAAGAUCGUCAGACAGUUUAGCCGUUUUGUUACCGUCCGUCCUGUAAAAAUUAAACGAAAAAUAUUUUGUCAUCGAAGGAACACACGAGAGAGAGAAAACUCACAUACACACAGAUAUAUAUACACAUAUCUGUAUAUAUACCAGGCUUAAAAAAAAGGGAAGAAGAGAAAGCUUCAUACCUUUCACAACACUACUCCAAUUCAGAAAGGUUAAACGAAAGUCGAAGCCGAUUUCAAUUAGUGGGCCUGUGAUUGUUACGAAAGUCUUCUCAAAUUGUGAUCAAUUUGCUUUGGUUUGUGGCCAACAAAGUGCUUAAAACUUUGAACUCUCACACACUGAAAAUUAUACAAUUCAACACAACAAAUUGUUUGUUUUCUUUUAUUUACGGGACGGUGGUUUAACGAAUAUAUUGUACACACAGUGAUUAUCAUUAGACAAUACAUCGAAGACCUGAGAAGGUUAAUUGAACAAAAAAUGUCUAUCAAUCCAGGAAACUAUAAACUGUCUGAAAAGACUGGAAAGCUAACAUCAUCAGAUAUCAUUCCAGCAGCAACAACUGAUAUAGAAACUAGAGAGUUUCUUUCGAAAGUCGUUGACAUUUUGUUGGAUUACGUGAAAACGCAAAAUGAUCGCAAUGAACGCAUUUUGGAAUUCCAUCAUCCUGAGGAAAUGAAGAAGUUGCUUGAUUUGGAUUUACCUGAAACGGCAUUACCAUUGCAGCAAUUGAUUCAAGACUGUGCCAAAACUCUGAAAUAUCAAGUGCGGACUGGCCAUCCACAUUUCUUCAAUCAAUUGUCAUGUGGAUUAGAUGUGAUUUCGAUGGCUGGCGAAUGGUUGACAGCAACCGCAAAUACCAAUAUGUUCACAUAUGAAAUUGCUCCUGUGUUCAUUUUAAUGGAGAAUGUUGUAUUGACGAAAAUGCGUGAAAUCAUCGGUUGGAAUGGUGGUGAUUCAAUUUUAGCACCCGGCGGUUCAAUAUCGAAUUUGUAUGCAUUUUUGGCUGCCCGCCAUAAAAUGUUUCCAAAUUACAAAGAACAUGGUGCAAAAUGUUUGCCUGGCGAAUUGGUUAUGUUUACAUCUGAUCAAAGUCAUUAUUCCGUUAAAUCGUGUGCAGCCGUCAGUGGCUUGGGCACCGAUAACUGCAUCAUGAUUCCAUCGGAUGAGAGUGGACGCAUGAUAGCCAGCGAAUUGGAACGCGAAAUUCUCAAACAUAAAAGUCUCGGUCAUAUUCCAUUCUAUGUGAGUGCAACAGCUGGCACAACGGUUUUGGGUGCCUUUGAUCCAAUCCCUGAAAUUGCUGACAUUUGCGAUAAGUAUGGUCUCUGGCUGCAUAUUGAUGCUGCUUGGGGUGGUGGAUUGUUGUUUUCGCAAAAAUUUCGACAUCCUCGAUUGAGUGGAAUUGAACGUGCACAAUCGGUUACCUGGAAUCCACACAAAUUGAUGGGCACAUUGUUGCAAAAUUCAACUAUACAUUUUAAGGAAGACGGUCUUUUGAUAAGCUGCAAUCAAAUGUCAGCUGAAUAUCUUUUCAUGACCGAUAAAUUGUACGAUAUCAGCUAUGAUACUGGUGAUAAAGUGAUUCAAUGCGGUCGCCACAAUGAUAUCUUUAAAUUGUGGUUACAAUGGAGAGGCAAAGGCACUGAAGGUUUCGAAAAAACCAUUGAUAAGCUCAUGGAGUUGGCCUUAUAUCAAGUAAAACUCAUCAAAUCUCAACCAGAUAAAUUCCAUUUGAUUAUGGAACCAGAACUAGUCAAUGUCAGCUUCUGGUAUAUACCAAAACGACUACGUGGCGUUCCACACACUCCCGAAAAGGAAGAAGAAUUGGGCAAGAUUUGUCCAAUAAUCAAAGCUCGAAUGAUGGAAUCUGGUACAUUGAUGGUUGGCUAUCAGCCAGACGAUCGACGGCCAAAUUUCUUUAGAUCUAUCAUUUCAUCGGCUGCUGUUACCGAAAAAGAUGUUGAAUUCAUGCUCAAUGAAAUGGAUCGUCUCGGUCAAGAUUUGUAAAUUCAAUAAAACAAUCGCAAAUUGUUAAUAUGAACAUAAAAGUCUCAAUAUCUCACUAUCGUCAAAUAUAAAGGAACAAAAAAAACCAAAAAACGUACAAAUUUAAAAAAAAAACACACUAUAUCAUUGUUCACUACUCAUUUCAAUUAUGUAAUUUCAAAUAGCGUACGCCCAGAAUGCGCGCAAUUAAAGUGAACGGCAACUAAAUGCCGCAACAGGUAAAGAAAAAGUAAACUUCAAUUAUUCUAAAGAGAAAUACAUGUAUGAAAGUGAAAAAAAAAACAGCAACAACCAAGAUAAAUAUCCGAUUAGAGGAACAUAUCAUAAUCCUAACGGGAAGAAGCAAAUAUUAUUAUCAAUUUUUGUUUUUAUUUUGUUUGCUCUUUUGAUCAAUGUGCAUUUACAAAAACCAAAAAAAAUGAAUCCUUAAUGAACUUAAAAGAUUUAAUUGAUAAGAACAAAGCAAGUAUAUAUACAUACAUAUAUUUAUUGUUGUUAAAAGAAAACACAAAUUUAUUGAUAACACAAAAAAUGCUAUUUUAAUUGUUGGAGAGUUUUUCGUUCAGAUAUUUUAUGAAGAGAAAAAUACGUUCGUGAAUCAAUAUAUUGUAAAUGGGAUAUCAGAGGAAAUGAAAAUUGAAUGUAUUAUUUUAGCAAAAUAUUAUGGAAAACAUUCAAACUCGCAAGCAAAAUCACAAAAACUGCCAACUGGAAGUGAAAAAUUACAAAUGCCGAACUGGAAAAUACUUAUAAUAAAUGUUAUACAUAUAUCUAUUCUUUCACUUAACAUGCUCACAUGCUCAAAAAAAA